AUGUUUCCCUUCGGGCCCGGUAGCCCCGGAGGGGAUGGAGCGGCCGGAGCCGGGGCCGAGGAGCCGGCGCCCCGGGAGCAGGCCGCAGCCGCCGGGCCGCUCCCUUCCCUGCCCGCGCCGCCACCUCCCGGGGCUGACGCAGCCCCUCCUCCGUCGCCCGCCCGAAGCCCUCGCCGCCCCGGCCCCUCGCUGUCCCCGGCCGCGCGCUCCGGGAAGCUCGGGCCCCCGGGAGCUCUGGAGCCCUCAGCCGCCUCCGCCCAGGGAGAGCAGUCACCGCCUUCCCCGCCGCGCCGGCGAGCCGGGCCCGACAGCAGGUCCGGGAGCCGGGGCCAGCUCGGCGGCGGCCUGGGCGGCCCUGGGGCCCGGCUGUUCGGGUGGCUGAGAGAGCGCAGCCUGGGCCGCGGGCUGUUCGUGGACCCCGCGCGGGACAAUUUCCGCACCAUGACUAACCUCUAUGGUUCCAUCCAUCCCGCGGACUCGGUGUACCUCAGCACCCGCACCCACGGUGCCGUCUUCAACCUCGAAUACUCACCCGACGGGUCAGUCCUGACAGUUGCUUGUGAACAGACUGAAGUGCUGCUUUUCGACCCUAUAUCUUCAAAGCACAUAAAAACACUUUCUGAAGCUCAUGAAGACUGCGUAAAUAAUAUCAGAUUUCUUGAUAACCGGCUGUUCGCUACCUGUUCUGAUGACACUACAAUAGCACUGUGGGAUCUGAGAAAACUGAACACCAAAGUAUGCACUUUACAUGGUCAUACUAGCUGGGUGAAGAACAUCGAAUAUGAUACUAAUACAAGACUCUUAGUAACAUCAGGAUUUGAUGGAAAUGUCAUUAUUUGGGACACCAACAGGUGUACCGAAGAUGGAUGUCCACAUAAGAAAUUCUUCCAUACACGUUUUCUCAUGCGGAUGAGAUUAACACCAGAUUGUUCCAAAAUGUUGAUCUCAACAUCCUCUGGGUAUCUUUUGAUUUUGCAUGAUCUUGACUUAACCAAGUCUUUAGAAGUAGGCAGCUAUCCCAUUUUGAGAGCAAGAAGAACUACAUCAAGUUCAGAUCUGACCACCUCAUCAAGUUCAUCCAGUCCUAGGGUGUCUGGUUCACCCUGUCAUCAUAGUGAUUCUAACUCAUCUUCUGAGAAACACAUGUCACGAGCCUCACAAAGAGAAGGAGUUGCACCACGCAAUAGUCUUGAAGUCUUGACCCCUGAAGUUCCUGGUGAGAGAGACCGUGGAAACUGCAUCACAUCCUUACAGCUGCACCCAAAAGGCUGGGCCACUCUUCUUCGGUGCUCAAGCAAUACUGACGAUCAGGAGUGGACUUGUGUCUAUGAAUUCCAAGAAGGAGCUCCUGUGCGACCUGUCUCACCUCGCUGUUCUCUACGACUGACUCAUUACAUUGAAGAAGCCAAUGUAGGCAGGGGUUAUAUCAAAGAACUUUGCUUCAGCCCUGAUGGACGAAUGAUUUCUUCCCCUCAUGGCUAUGGGAUUCGCUUGUUGGGAUUUGACAAACAAUGCAGUGAACUUAUUGACUGUUUGCCCAAAGAAGCCAGUCCCUUGCGGGUGAUCCGUUCUCUGUACUCUCAUAAUGAUGUGGUACUGACAACAAAGUUCUCUCCAACACAUUGUCAGAUUGCCUCAGGGUGCCUUAGUGGACGGGUUUCUUUGUAUCAGCCAAAGUUUUAGGCACAACUUACAUCAAAUAAGUAACUCUUCUGGUGUCUGACUUAUAAAUUACUUCAAUUUAGGUGAAGUAUUUUCUUUUUAGAAGAUCUUAUAAGUUUGGGUCAAGAUCCUGGUUCUUAUGGGUCCACGAACACACUAUGACCUGAGUACUUGGUCGUCCAGCAUCAUAGGGGCAUCGCCAAGUUAGACUCUAUGCAGCAGCAUCUUUUGCAGCAUUCCUCUGCUCCUGCUGAUCUGUGCCACUAAGCUUCAGUUCUUCUGGUUAUUUUGCAUGGUAGCUCUUGUCAAGUUUCUUUUUUCCUCCCCGCCCACCCCCCACACCUUUUUUUUGGUGUGAAUUUGUGGCCAUUUGGCAGGAGUUUAGGUUGAAGUAAGAGAAACCCAUGACUUCAUACUGAAUAAAACCCAGAAGUUGAUGUUAGCAUACCAGUUGUUGAAAAAGAAAUUUUAUCUUCACUUAU